AAAAAAAAAUUUCUUUAUUUUUGUUAAAAGUUAACUCUUUGCAAAAUUCUAUAACAAAGUCAAGUCUUUCCAUGAAUCAUGUUGUUAUCUUGGUUAACCUUUCAUAACAACUGUCAGCAAAAUACAAAAACAGGAAUCUUUUUGUUUGUUUCUCAUUUUUGAUUAAUAAGCUUGAGGCCAAUAUGUUACUCUGUGGUAUACAAUGUUCUCCUGUCCUAGCUUAAGAGAAUGCUUUCAAAAUAUUUAAUUUCUUGAGUCAGCAGGAUAAUUUCUCUAAGUAUUUUUCAAGUCUAAACUGGUUCUAUUUCUUCUUGGCAUCUUACAUUAUUUCAGGGUCCUUGAGGAAGUGGAUUCUUAACUGAGUUGAAAAUCGACUAGAGCUUCUUUUAUAUCCACUGUCCGUUGAAGGAACUCGGGGAUAUAUAUUGUCAACAUCUGGUCUUUUUAUGGAGAUAAAAUCUGGUCACUCGUCUCCUGUAAUGACUGAUAUUCCACCGAUAAGCAACUCAAGAUUAACCAUUCGUCAGAAUAGACUACUAUGCUCAUCAGCAGCGCUCUCACAGAACAACAAUCUUUUGCUAACCGUUCCCAGAAAGAAAACUGGGAUUCUUGAUGAUGUCAAGUCUUGUGGUUGGCUCGAUGCAAUGAAAUCUUCUUCUCCUCCCCCAGCAAUACUUAACAAAGAUAGCAUUAGCAGCGAUGCCAGUUACCGCGAAUGGACGCUCAAGUAUCCAUCAGCUCUUACUAGUUUUGAGAAAAUCAUGAGUUUUGCAAAAGGGAAAAGAAUAGCAUUGUUUCUUGAUUAUGAUGGCACACUUUCGCCUAUAGUUGAGGAACCUGACUGCGCUUACAUGUCUAGUGCUAUGCGUACUGCGGUGCAAAACGUUGCCAAGUACUUCCCAACCGCGAUCAUUAGUGGAAGAAGCCGUGAUAAGGUGUGUGAGUUUGUUGGAUUGAGUGAACUUUAUUACGCCGGAAGCCACGGAAUGGACAUCAUGAGUCCUGCAGGAGAAUCUUUAAACCAUGAACAUCUCAGCCGUACUGUAUCAGUUAACGAACAGGGGAAAGAUGUCAAUCUAUUCCAGCCUGCUAGCGAGUUUCUACCGAUGAUUGAUAAGGUGCUUUGUUCGCUUGUGGAGAUUACAAAAGAUAUCAAAGGGGUGAAAGUAGAAGACAACAAGUUCUGCAUCUCUGUGCAUUACCGCAAUGUAGAAGAAAAGAACUGGACAUUGGUUGCACAACGCGUUGAGUAUGUCAUUAGAACAUAUCCAAAGCUACGUCUAACACAUGGCCGGAAGGUUUUAGAGAUCCGUCCAGUUAUUGACUGGAACAAAGGAAAAGCUGUGACAUUUUUACUCGAAUCUCUUGGCCUAAACAACUGUGAUGAUGUUCUUCCAAUCUAUGUCGGGGAUGAUCGAACAGAUGAAGAUGCAUUUAAGGUGUUACGAGAUGGACCAAACCACGGGUAUGGUGUAUUAGUCUCUGCUGUGCCUAAAGACACCAAUGCCUUUUACUCUCUUCGUGACCCAUCCGAGGUGAUGGAGUUUCUGAAAUCAUUAGUGACAUGGAAGAGAUCAAUGGUUUAAUAGAAGAACAAGAAGAUGAAGUAGAAGAAAAUGGCUGACUAUAUAAUAUAUAUUUAUAUAUAUAUAUGGAAGUUAGAAAAUUAUUGUUGUUAUACAGAGGGAAUGGAGAAAGAGAUGAUGCAAAAGUAAAGCAUUUAGUAUUCUUUCUUGGUUGGUUUUUUCUUGAAGUUGCUUAACUACAGUUGAGAUUUUAAUGUAAGGGCGGCGUAGGAAGGAGAGAUCACAUGAAGGCUUAAAACAUGCCGGAGAUCCUUUUCCCUAUCAAUCUCUCAUCAUCAUUUUCCUCUGAAACUGUAAAUUCUUCUUUCAGUUCUGGCAACAGUUUAUCAUAUUUACUAAAUCCCGGCUUAAAUCAAAUAAUUUGUUUCAUUCUG